UGCCGGCGGUUUCGCCCUGGUCACGUGACGGGGGAGGGGGUUUGAUUGACGUUCCGGACGGUGGGCCAUGGAGGAGUACGCUCGGGAGCCUUGCCCGUGGCGCAUCGUGGACGACUGCGGCGGAGCCUUCACAAUGGGCGUCAUCGGCGGAGGCGUAUUCCAGGCGAUUAAGGGCUUUCGCAAUGCCCCAGUCGGAUUCCGGCACCGGUUCCGGGGAAGCGUCAGUGCCGUGAGGAGCCGGGCCCCGCAGAUCGGAGGAAGCUUUGCCGUGUGGGGUGGCCUGUUCUCCACCAUCGACUGUGGACUGGUGAGGUUGCGGGGUAAGGAGGAUCCCUGGAACUCCAUCACCAGCGGAGCGCUCACCGGUGCGGUGCUGGCUUCCCGCAGUGGGCCGCUGGCCAUGGUGGGUUCUGCCAUGAUGGGCGGCAUCUUGCUGGCGCUGAUCGAGGGCGUCGGCAUCCUUCUCACCCGCUACACGGCUCAGCAGUUCCAGAACCCCACCCCCUUUGUGGAGGACCCCAGCCAGUUGCCCCCCAAGGAGGGCCCUACUCCAACCAGUUACCAGGGCUACGGACAGUACCAGUGAAGCGGCCCGGGGAGAGGGAGAAGCGGUGGGCCACGCCUCCCCCCCAAAGCGGAGUGGGUUUGAACCUUCGCACUUGCUACCUCUCCGGUGGGCGGGAGAGAGCAAAUCAGUGUUGUUCCGAGGUUUCGGGGGAGGGCGGUUGGGGAUUCCGGGACCGGGGGAAAAGGCAGCGGGGGAUUUCAUCUCAGGGAGCUCUACCUACCUCAGGCUCUGCUCCAGCUGUUGGAGGAAGUAGCCCCGGGGCAGGUACCCACCCCCGAUACGCCGCUUCCUCCAGUUGGGGGGCUACAGGACUAGGAAAGGGGGUGAGCUUUCUUGCUUCUGCUUCACCUUCUGCCCGUGUUAGGGAAGCCGGGUUCAGUGAGACCAGUCGGUUUCCUUCUGCCACUUCCUUUAAACUGGAGCCAUUCCUCCAAAGCGGGAGCCUCCCCCCCCACCCCCCAAUUUUCUCCAGCACCUGAGAGGUAGGAUCCCAUCCUCCCUCAGGCAUCCCCCCCACCUCCACAAACCAGUUCCCUGCCCUUUCCCUUUUUCAAGCUCUGUAUUUAAAAUCAUUGUGGAACAGAACAUCUCUCUUUCGGUCGCCCCUUCUUCGUGGACCGCUCCCUCCACGUCCAGCAGAGCGUCAAGUCCUUACUGUGGACUUUCCCUUCGCCGGAGAGGAGAUCAGCAGUCAACGCAGAGACACUGGAGAUGGGGGG